AACAUAGUCGGAAUCAAGCGUGUAAUGUGGUUACGGCUUUACUGUGAAUUUAUCGCAUUUUAUUUGAAUCAUGGCGCAACACUCCGAUGGCGGUCCUAUUCCCGCGGCCGUAGCCAAGGCCAUUGUAGCUGCACGGUCUUCAGGAACAUUAAACCUGAAUGGAAGAGGGCUGCAGAAGGUACCCGCCGCGGUGUAUAACCCUGAGGAGCCGCUACCGGGCCAUGAGGCCAAGUGGUGGGAGGUCGCUGAGCUCUACAAGGCAGACCUGUCCCGCAACUCCCUCACCUCCCUGCCAGCCGAAAUAGGCACGCUAGCCACACUCACGCACCUGGACGUCAGUCACAACCAGCUAGCAGAGCUGCCCAUGACGCUGUCGAUGCUCUCCUGUUUGAAGCUCUUGGACGUCUCCAACAACACGCUGCAGGAGCUCCCACCCACCCUAGCCGCCCUGCCCGCCCUCGCCGUGCUGCACGCCGGCAAGAACGCCCUGCCGCGACUCCCCCCCGGGCUGGGCGGCCGGCAGCAGCCCUCCCUGGCGCUGCUCACGGCGCCUGACAACCGGCUAGAGGAGCUGCCUCCUGGGCUUAGUGAGGCGGGCAGCUUGACGAGGCUGGAUCUGGCGGGCAAUGCGCUAGUGGAGCUACCGGGGCUGAUCAUGCCGGGACUGAGCUCCCUGACCGAUCUGGACCUCUCCCGCAACCGGCUGCGCGGGCAGCUGCUGCGGGAGGUGGGGCUGCUGGCCCGCCUGCGCUCCCUCAACCUGCGGGACAACAGGCUGGCGGGGCUGCCGCCCAGCAUCGCGGGCUGUACGGCACUGGUGGAGCUCUACCUGGGUCGCAACCAGCUGUCCUGCCUGCCCCCCGAGCUGGGCCUGCUGGAGGCGCUGCGGACCCUGGAGCUGCGGGACAACUUGCUCACACAGCUGCCGGCAGAGCUGUGUGAUCUGAGGCUGGGACUGCUGGACCUGGCCAACAACGACCUCAGAUCCCUGCCGGCGGAGCUGGGCUGCAUGACCAGCCUGCGCAGUCUGCCACUGGACGGCAACCCGCUCAAGAGCAUCCGCAGGGAGCUGGUGGCAGGCCCCAUCUCCCAGUUGCUCAAGUACCUGGCCAGUCGGCAAGCUGACCCCGACGCCGCAGCCGGGCCCCCCGCCGGUCCGCCGACCCGCUUGGGCGCCCUGCACUCCGCCUCCGCUGCCCGAUCAGGCAACGUCUUCGGCCUAGACGGCGCAGAGAUGGCGGCGGAAGCAGCGAGGAAGCUCAAGCUGGGUGGCGUGGCGGCGGCAGCCGCUGCCGCCGCUGGCGGCGGCGCCGCAGGCGCCGGCUACGGCAGAGGUGGCGGUGGUGGCGGAGGCGCCGGCGGCGGCGGCGGUGGAGGAGGGGAAUUACUGUUGGCACGUGCUGGGUUGCGUGAGGUGCCUGCGGAGGUAUGGGACGCGGGUCCCAGCCUGACGCGGCUAGACCUGAGCAGCAAUCAGAUUCCGAUGCUGCCGCCUCCGCCCGGGGGGCUGUGUCGGCUGCCGGGGCUGCGGUGCCUGCUGCUGAAUGGCAUGGGGCUGACUUCAUGGCCGCUGCCGGCGGGAAUGCCGGGGGCCCUGCCAGCGUUGACAGAGCUGCAGGUUCGCAACAACCCGGCGUUACGGCAGCUGCCGCCCAACCCGUUCGCCGCAUGCCCGGGGCUUGUACGCCUGGAGUUGGCAGGUGCACCCGCUGCCGGCGCUCUGCCUCCGGGCUGCUUCGCCGGUCUGCCAGCGCUUGAGACCCUAGACCUGAGCCAGACGGGUCUGCCCGCCUUCCCCGUCGAGCUGCUGCAGCUGCCGCGGCUGCGGGUCUUGCUGCUGGCGUCCAAUCGGCUGGAGCAGCUGCCACCCGAGGUGGCCAACAUGACAAAGCUUGAGGAGCUCAACCUGUGCAACAACAGCCUGGCCUCGCUGCCCCCGCAGCUGGGCCUGCUGGGCUCCUCGCUGCGCUCGCUGGGGCUGGAGGGCAACCCGCUGCGCACGCUGCGGCGACCCAUCCUGGAGCGGGGCACGGCGGCGGUGCUGGCUUACCUCAAGGACCGCAUACCAGUUGUGUAGUGUAAUGGGAGGAGCGGGACGUGGUAAUGAUGGUGCAGGUGGUGGUUGUGUUUGCAGGUGUUGGGGCACGGCGGGCGGCAGGGAUUCACUUUUUGUGGGGGAGCGAGAUGGGUGUUGUAUGGUAAGGGGUGGUGUAACUUGUGUACGGCGUGUACGUUUGGCGUGUACGUUUGCGUAGGGCUGUGCUCAUAUAGAGUGAGGGCUGUGUUUUGCAGGCUGUUGCUUCCUUGUUGCUGUAACAAUUGUCAUGGUCUCUUGCACAGCGUACUCCUUGCACAGCAUCACAGCAUUGAAGCCAACUUU